AUGAAAUAAUAGAUAAAUAGAAGUCCAUGCGGGAUGCUUGUUAGUUAGUUAAUAGUUACUUCUUACUUGUUAGUACUUUCAAGCCAAGUAAUAAGGUGAAAGUUACGUGAUAUCUAAAUUUACUAAGCUAUUACAUGAAAAUUUAAGUUAAAAUGGAUAAACGCUCAAAGAAUUUACCCAAAUUUGGGGCAGCAAAACUUUCGUUUACACCUAAUUUAGGAUAUAAAAGAAUUAUAGCCAAAGAUUCAGAUCAACUAGCUAAAGUAGAAGUUAAAGUUGAACAUGAUGCUAAUUCAAUUGCUCAAUCAUCAUCAGCACAAAAACAAAAAAAAACUAAAGAAAGAUCUACAACACAGGUACAAAGUGUGUUUUCUAACAUGAGUUCAACAACUCAGGGUAGAUCAGGUUCAUCACGCAUGGGAUUAUCAUCUGGUUUUCGAUCUUAUUCAAAUCAUGGUAGUUUCAAUAAUUCAGGAUCUUAUGUAAAAAAAGAAGCUUGUCAAAGUAUACAACAAAUGCAAAUGUUUGAAAAUAAUCAAUUUGACGUGGAUGACCCAAUGGAUGAGCCUCAUAGACCAGUUCGAUUACCUUUCAUCAGAAAAAAUAGGGUACCCCAAAUAAAGACUGAAAUGAGUUUAGAAUAUCCGUUCCAGAAGAAUAUUUAUCCUUCAUUAAGUGAAUUAAUUUCUCCUGAAUCAUUAAUUAUUUUACAGUUCUAUGACAGUUCAUUUAGUAUUCAACAAAAAAUUGCAAAUAUUGAUUUAAGAGAAAAUGAUGAUAAUGAUGUAAUACCUGCCAAAUUAAAACCAGCAGUUCCUAUAAAAAUGGAAUAUAAUGGCCAAUUUAAAACAGAAAAUGAUUCAGAAGCUAUUUUUAAGUCUGGACCAAUAGGUAAACUUCAAUAUUAUAGAUCCGGACGUGUUGUCUUAAUCUUUAAUGGAAAAAACUAUGAAUUAUUAAAAGCCGCAGAAGAUAAACAUCACAAGGAAUUAUUUAGUCUUACUAAAAUUGAAGAAGCUGACAGACCGGAUAAACUAGUGAGCUUAGGAACAGUACCUCUACGACUAAAAGCUGUUUUGAAUAUUGAUAAUAUAAUAGAGCACUUUAUAACAUAUAAUAAUUAGCAUACAAUUUUAUUUUAUUUAUUAAUGUACAAAAAAUAAUUAAU